AGGGGAGGGAGGGAGGGAGGGAGAGGGAGGGAGAGAGCGAGCGCCAUGUGGGGCAGGGUGCCAUUUUUAGGGUGCCCGGGUGCGCGUUGCCUUUGGCAUCCAGGGAAGGCGCCCCUCUGAGCGGAGCGGGGCAAGGCAGGGCAGCCAGGUAGUGCCUGUCCCGGAGUAGCUCUGCAUCCCUCUCUCGCUACCCCGGCUCCAACUCCGGGGCGAUGGUGGGAGCUGCGCGGCCGCCUUGGCGGCGACUGAGCCACUUGGCGUGAGGAGGACUUGCUCUCUGCCAACUUCCUCCCUGGGCAGGAGAAGGACCAGUCUGUGGAUGCUCUCGGGAGGAUGGCGACGUUACCCCAUCGCAGGAUGCGCCGCCGCCGCUGCUGCUGCUGCCGCCCAACCGGGAUUUGCCAACUUCUCCUCGUCUGAACAGCGCUGGGGACCUAUCUAAAUACACACACACGUAUAUAGGAAAAGAUGGAAUUUUUGACCUGGGUUUUGCCUUCCUUACUCCUGCUCUGCACCCAACAGCACACCUGCACCAGAGCUAUGAACGACAUUGGAGAUUACAUCGGGUCAAACAUAGAAAUAUCUUGGUUGCCCAAUUUGGACGACCUGAUGAAAGGGUAUGCAAGAAAUUUCAGGCCUGGAAUUGGAGGCCCCCCUGUUAACGUUGCUCUAGCCAUUGAAGUUGCCAGCAUUGACCACAUAUCAGAAGUCAAUAUGGAAUACACAAUGACAGUCUUCCUGCAUCAAAGCUGGCGUGAUGACCGGCUGUCGUACAAUCACACCAACGAAACCCUGGGCUUGGACAGUCGCUUUGUGGAUAAGCUGUGGCUGCCGGAUACCUUCAUCGUCAAUGCCAAGUCUGCCUGGUUCCAUGACGUCACUGUGGAGAACAAGCUCAUCCGGUUGCAGCCUGAUGGGGUCAUUCUGUACAGCAUCAGAAUCACCUCAACGGUGGCCUGUGACAUGGACCUUACCAAGUACCCUAUGGAUGAGCAGGAGUGCAUGCUUGAUUUGGAGAGCUAUGGCUACUCCUCAGAGGAUAUCGUCUACCACUGGUCUGAAAACCAGGAUCAGAUCCAUGGACUGGAUAAGCUGCAGCUCGCUCAGUUCACCAUCACCAAUUACCGGUUUGCUACAGAAGUGAUGAACUUCAAAUCUGCUGGUCAAUUCCCCCGGCUGAGCCUCCACUUCCACUUGAGGAGGAAUCGAGGUGUUUACAUCAUCCAGUCCUAUGUGCCUUCCAUCCUCUUGGUCGCCAUGUCAUGGGUUUCUUUCUGGAUCAGUCAGUCAGCCGUGCCUGCCCGAGUCUCGCUAGGUAUAACUACAGUCCUCACCAUGACCACCCUGAUGGUGAGUGCUCGGUCUUCACUCCCACGGGCUUCAGCCAUCAAGGCCUUGGAUGUGUACUUCUGGAUAUGCUACGUGUUCGUCUUUGCCGCACUGGUGGAAUAUGCAUUUGCUCACUUCAAUGCAGACUACAUGAAGAAGCAAAAAGACAAGAUCAAGACCAGCAGGCAGGCAGAAGAGGUCAAUGUGAAGAACGCCAUUGUUAUGUUUUCCCUCUCGAUAGCGGGUGUCAACCAGGAACUUGCUGUUUCCAACAGGCACCACAGAGUCCCUAAAAACUUGCCUGGGUCAGUGGAAGUGGAAGCAGGAGAGACCAAGAAGCAACAGGAGACUAAACCCGAGAAGAAAAACGGCCUGAAGUCUCUCUUCAAGCCCAUCGAUGCAGAUACCAUCGACAUAUAUGCUAGGGCAGUUUUCCCAGCAGCCUUUGCAGCAGUCAAUGUCAUCUACUGGGUGGCUUACACAAUGUGAGGGUCACAAAAUGGAGGUAGGCUGGGCAACAGGCAACUGAGAUCCUCUGAGCCUAAGGAGAGCAUCUUAAUGGAAGGGCCUUACUCAGGGCCAACUUUUUAACCACAGCACUUCCAAAGCCAGAUGGAUAUUCCGUUAAUAGAGAGGAUUGUUCUUCUCCCUUCCUCUGUCACUGAGACAGCAAAGCAGUUGGCCACCACCCCUUUUUAUUGGCUUGUUUCCCCCUCUUUAGUCUCCACAGAGCGAGUCAGAUGCCACAGUCUCCCCCAGUUUGGCAUGAAACUCCUGCCAAGGCUCCACAGCUGCCUAAUCCUGCGCAACAAUAAGGCGUUUCACUUCUUCAUCCGUCGUGUCAUCUUCCAGUUUCAAGAAGGAUAAGUCCUGGAUUGGGGCCUGAAGAAAAAUAGCACCUGGUGCAUCAGGGUCUGAUCCAAACUAAUCUGGUGUGUGUCGCCAGGGAAUAAUUUCUUUGCCGGGUGUUUGUGGGGAGAGAUGCUUAAAAGUGGACCAAAAAUGCAAGGGUGGAGUUCUGCAUGGUCUGGAUUUUAACCGGCUUUUAAGGACCCAAUAGAAAACCUUUUUAUUUGAUAUUGGACUAUUAAAAGGCUAGCUGGC